UUUGAUGAUGCAAACCGUUUAGGAAGGGGUGGAAAAUGUCAACGAGCAAUUAGAUCACGCUGACUUUUAGGACAUCCAUAAAUUGUAGGCAACGUAUUCUAAUGAGGGCGAAAGCAAGUCAGUACUAUCGCUGCGGCGGAACCGGCUGUCCAUGGGGUACGGGAGUCCGUCUGAGCCAGCACCGCCGAGUGGUCGACCGUCAGUUCGACAGCAAGAAACUGUGGUGGUGGUGGUUUCUCGUGUCGGCGUGUACGAUGUGCAGAGUGUGAAGAGACUCCGCUGCGUCACGCCCAGGAACAUCUAUGGGCCGUAAACGGUGGUGGGCUGGAGGCUUGGAGCUGCUGGUGCUCUGUAUCCUGCAUCACGGCGUUCUGGCUGAUGGCGACGUCGGAUGCCUGUUCAGCAGGAACGUGUGCGAUCCCCAGACGGAAACGUGCUUCAACGAUCUGGCAUUUGGACGAUGCGUGUCUCUGUUCGCGAGUUUAGAAAAUGAAAAUUUAUACCAAUACAAUCUCGGUGCCGGCGAAUUGGAGUUACUUGGGCUGCAACUGGAAGGACUGGAGUCAGACGGCUACGAAUGGACGCAUCCCUUUACACAGUGCAUCAUACAAACCUCGUUACAUAAUCUCCGGCAAGGGCGAGGCGAUUUCCAUAAUCUUCGUCUCUGCGAAUACUUGAAGGAGACGACGCGCUUCGACGAGCAACAAGGCGACCAGCUCAUCGGCAAGGCGAUUCCCACGGUCGCCAUACUGAGAAUAUCUGCGGACAAUGAGAAUCCCGAGAGUAAUUUGGUCGACGCUCUACGUCGCCCCUCGGAUGUCGAGGACAAGUACGAGGUCCUGCCGGUCUUCUACGAUGGCGAGCAAUCGCCACCGUACAGCCAGGAGUCCGCCGGGCGUGUUUACGGAUCCGAAUACAUGAACUGGCCUGUUGUUGGCGGCAAAAAUAAUCCUUCGAUUAGCGACGAGAAGUACGACGAGUUGUACGGAAAGUUGCGCGACGAGCGCUCGACGUUGAGCAACGAUGUCGACGAGCAAUUGUAUCCACCUAGGGCGCGCCGGUACAGCUUCAUCGACUACAGGAGCGGCGACGACAUCGACUCGCUCGAGAGUGCUCUGAGAGACGAGAAACUGGCUGAGACUGACGAGGAGAAUCCUUACGACGCGCAGCUUUUGUCCGCCGACGAGCUUGAAUUCCUGCCGAACGGGAAGUCGCCGGAUUACACGUUGCUGAAUCCCCCCUCCACGAUAGAGGACGAGAGCGAUGAGAGAGACGAGAGGGAAUAUGAAAAGGCGUUCUCCAGGAAGUACAAGCAUCCGAGGAAACUGCGGGAUUUCGAGUUUCUUGACGCUGCCGCCGGGAUGAACUUGGACAAUGUGAAGAGGACGGUAAUUGGACGCGAUGAAAAUCUCGACUACGAGGACGGCGGAGCUGACGAGGAGAACUCGGCGGAAAUCGAGAGAUUACCCGACGACGACGACGACGCUUCCUCGAGAGUAAGCGGGAUGUACACUGAGGGUGGAGUGGUGCGACCCUCGAAGCAUGAAACCGAAUCAGACGGGAUUUCGUACGACGAGACGAUUGACGACGACUUGAACGAGCUUCUGUGGAGACGAGAGCUGGCGGGCUUCAAGCGCAGAGAACGCCUCGACGUUAAGAAACCCGGGCCCCCAUUUUCCACAAAUAAUUACGCGUUCAAAACUCAAUCUCCGCCCACUCCUGAUGACGAGGACGAUUACUCCGAAGCGGAUAAUCAGGACAAUAACGAGGUAUACGCGCCGUUGACGAAGAAGGAGCUACGCGAUAAUAUGUACAAAGCGAGCGACGCGCCGAGGACGUACAAGAAUGUCGAUUUGGAUUACGUCUACAUCGAGUUCGAGCAGGAGUUUCACAAGUGGCUCGAGGGAGAACACGUGGUUGCUAAAGUCGGACAACUUUUAGAAUUACCUCCCGGAACCCUGAGGGACAUACGAGUGGGCCGAGCGGAAGUGACGUUCAAAGUCAUCCAGAAUGAAAAGAACUACAACGCUACCGAUGUUGCAAAGAGUAUCGGUAAAAUAAGUGACAAAUUGAAGGAUGCGUUAGGAGUCGAAGUCGUUCGAGCGGGUAUAGGCGACAAGGUUGUAUUGCAAAAGGCUAAGUUACCAGCCACCCUGGAGGUAACCAGAAAGAACGAGAUGAGUUCCAGCCUGUUCGGGGCACUGGUGGCUGCAGGAGUCGCGGCUGCGAUCGCGGCGGCGGCGGUUACGCUAAUAAUCGCGCGACGCCACGCCAAGUGUCGAGCGAAGCUCGCCGGGCUGGCCACCCCGGACCCGGAGGCAUCGAAGGAUUAUCAGGACCUGUGCCGGGCGAGGAUGCAGGCGAAGCAACCGGGCGAGAAAGCGGAGUCGUCGCGCAUUACCAGCCUGUCGCGCGAAAACGAGUCCAGCAAUAUGCCCUCGAAUCGGUCCAGCACGUCCUCCUGGGGCGAGGAACCCACUCUCUCAAACAUGGACAUAUCGACCGGCCACAUGGUUCUCAGUUACAUGGAGGAUCACCUGAAGAACAAGGACCGCCUGGAUCAGGAAUGGGCAGCUCUGUGCGCGUACGAGGCCGAUCCCGCGUCGACGGAGAUCGCGGAGAGAGAGGCGAACGUCAAGCAGAAUCGUCCUGGCGCGGCGCUUCCCUACGAUCACUCCCGAAUAGUCCUGAACGAGCUCGUGAACGCCAACAAUUCCGACUACAUAAACGCUUCCACGAUCAAGUCGACGGAUCACGACCCACGGAAUCCAGCUUACAUAGCCGCACAGGGACCGCUACCGCAGACCACAGCUGACUUCUGGCAAUUAGUUUGGGAACAAGGCAGCGUAGUGAUCGUGAUGCUAACGCGGCUGACCGAGGAGGGUCGCGCCAUGUGCCAUCGUUAUUGGCCCGAGGAAGGAUCUGAGCUUUAUCAUAUAUACGAGGUGCACCUCGUGUCAGAGCAUUUCUGGUGCGACGACUACCUCGUACGCUCCUUCUAUCUGAAGAACCUGUGCACCUGCGAGACCCGCACCGUCACGCAGUUCCACUUCCUGUCCUGGCCGGAGAACAGCGUCCCGUAUUCUACGAAAGCUCUGCUCGAAUUUCGCAGGAAAGUUAACAAAUCGUACCGUGGAAGGUCGUGUCCGAUAGUCGUGCAUUGCAGCGACGGGGUCGGACGAACUGGUACUUACUGCUUGAUCGACAUGGUCCUAAAUCGUAUGACAAAAGGAGCGAAGGAGAUCGACAUCGCGGCCACCCUCGAGCAUAUCAGAGAUCAGAGGCCCGACAUGGUUGCUACGAAACAGCAGUUCGAGUUCGUCCUGAUGGCGGUGGCGGAGGAGGUGCACGCGAUUCUGAAGGCUUUGCCCUUAGCUCCGAGCGAGAAGUCCGCCCCGGCCGCGGGGAACAAUUCCUCGCCGCUCGCGAAAUCGGAGCAAUGAAACUGUGACGCGACGCGAAUUCGACCCUAAACAGUAUAAAGAAGGCUAGAAUUCCUUUUUCUCUCCUUAAAGACUAAGUUGAAGAUUGCCCUCUUUUUACUUCCAACUGAUUCGAUUCGUUUCAAGAAUUCGUUGCAUUCUCCCGCUUUACGAGGAGUUGGAGUACCUUUGAAAGAGGAUUUAGUUUCCGAGCGCAAGUAUGAAGCUUCGUACGCAUAAUUUUAAUAAUGUAGCACACGACUUUUUAUUGUCGCAGUCUUUGGAAGAUCCGCUAGACUCCUCUCGGAUUCGGAUGCCGAGUCAGUUAUUUUGUACUCUUCAGGGUUCAAGUCGCGAUAUCGAGUCGCGAACGGGAGAGGGAGAGCCGAGAUACGUAGCUGUUCCAUUGAUUUCGAUGUGUCACGGAAGAAAAUCAGAUAUUUUUAGCUGUUUACUACGAUGUACUAUUCACUAGGAAGCAAAGCCAAUCGGUUUUCUGUUGGGAUUUUCUACACGCUUCGUACUUCCCGAUGCACGCACACAUACACAUGAUACGCGACACACACACACACACACAACACACACAUCGCCCUUCAUUAAUUAGAGCGCACCGAAGAGCUUAUUCUUUCGUAUUCCAGCUGUAUCUCUUCACGCGAGUGAGAACGAUGAUCGAUCAACUUACACUCCUAACACAAAAAAAUAUAUAACUGUAUAAUCUCCACAGAGUACGGUUUAAGUGUGAUGUGCAGAGAGAGAGAGAGAG